CAGCCUCCCUCCGCCAGCCGCCAUGAGGACGCUCCUGAUCGCCGCAGUAAGCGCGCUGCUCUUCUCCGCCGCCUCUAAGGCAGAUGGCAACGACGCAAAAGUAAUGAGCGAAAUAAAAGCUUGCAUGGCCUCCGAGAAUCUAGAUAGUCUGGCUGCGCUCAGAACCAACAAGGAGGCCAGGACUGCAGAGGAGAAGUGUUUCGUCGGCUGCAUGAUGAAGAACCUCCAUGUGCUCAACUCUGACGGUCAGUACGACGCGGAGCUUUUCAAGGACCACAUCAACCACUGUCCUGAACUGGACAAACAACCGCAGAAGAAGGCGGCUGCCAUUGAAGUCGCCGACAGCUGCACUGGUAAAGUUACUGCGUGCGGCGGCUACUGUGAAUGCGGUAUAGUCGCUGGAAACUGCCUAUCCCAGGGAAUGGAAACCAGGGGCCAUGAGACAAUAUAUGGCUGGCUUGGAAAAAUCGUUGACAAGAUGGACCUCUAGAUCAGGACAGAGUGAAGAAGUAUGAUGUUGAUAAUUUCCAUCUACUGUUGUAGUUCAGACGCUAAUAAAAAAUAAAAGUGCUGAUAAUUG